AUGGAAACGUGUCGCGUAUGCGUGAAACCAGAAUCAGCGGCACUCGGCGAUCAACGUCUUUCUCCUGCGCUCGCCUGGUGGGUCGACUCGAGCCGGUCGAUCCCCCAAUCGGCAGCUGGGUCUUUUCCAAGGUGUAAGUUGAAAGCCAACCCUGCUCGGCAAUUCAUUGGGGUUUGAGCGGAUCUACAUUUCUGGAUCUAAUGGGCUAUCCGGAAGAGAAUGGAGUGCGCCAAGUUGAUAUCACGGUGGCCAAGGGGACGAGAGAAAAUGGCGACGGUGGUCGUGUCAUGCACUUAACAGGCGAGCUCAAUCAAGGAAGCAAUGAUGAAGUGGUGGAGGAGAUUGCGGUGGAUGGAAGUAAGGACGAUGCUAGAAGCCAGCUCUACGUGGAUACCGAAGAUCUAAACAGCGAUGGCGGCGAUUUACUGCUCGGCAAGCCAGGGAUUGUUCGCUUGGAUCCCGAAGACGUGGAGAAGAUUGAGGAGAUGACCAAGUCUGAGUUUGUGGAUGAUUCUUCUAGUCGUCUGCGAGUUGCGAGCACCAUGCCUUGCGGGACGAUUAAUCUGAUCCUGGACGAGACUGCUCAAAAGGACGGUGGUGGUGGUGGUGAUGGCGGCGAUGACGGUGGUGCUGGUGAUGGCGGUGAUGGUGGUGCUGGUGAUUUGCAUCCUCCACAAACACCAGGAUUGGUGCGAACAAGCAGUGAGCCUUGUUUGGAUUCCAAGAGUGGCAAAUAUAAGGAUGCCAAGCCUCACAAGAAGCACAAAAUAUCACAUCGCAAGAAGAGGCGGCUUAUGCGACGCCUCGGCAGCAUUACUGAUGAAGGUGCCGUUGAAAUCAACGCAGACAAAGGAUUGGAAUUCUUACCGGAUUUGGACGACUAUCUUGUCUACGAAGAGUCGGCUUACCAGGACAUCGAAGACAAGAAAAUCCCUCCUCUGCAAAUUGCGAUGCUCAUUGUUGGGACUCGUGGUGAUAUCCAGCCCUUUGUCGCGAUAGGAAAAGAGCUACAAAAAUACGGCCAUCGUGUACGCUUGGCAACGCAUGUCAACUUUCGAGAGUUUGUAAAGACGCAUGGACUAGAGUUUUAUCCUUUAGGAGGUGAUCCAAAGGUAUUAGCGGGAUACAUGGUGAAAAAUAAAGGAUUUCUACCAUCCGGACCAAAGGAAAUCAAGCUCCAGAGGAAGCAGAUCAAAAGCAUUGUAAACUCCUUGUACCCGGCUUGUACCGAGCCAAACGAGGACACGCUUGUCCCAUUCAGAGCUCAGGCGAUUAUUGCCAAUCCACCAGCGUAUGGGCAUGUUCAUGUUGCAGAGGCAUUGAAUGUUCCGAUUCACAUCUACUUCACCAUGCCUUGGACGCCCACCAGCGAGUUUCCUCAUCCUCUGUCUCGUCUCAGUAACAUUGCUGCCAAUCGACUCUCGUACCAAGUGGUCGAUUCGAUGAUCUGGCUGGGGAUCAGGAGCUUGAUCAAUGACUUUAGGAAGAAGAAGCUAAAGCUACGUCCUGUUUCCUACUUUAAAAGCCAGGGCUCCAUAGUUGAUCUCCCUACGUGUUAUCUCUGGAGCUCAUGCCUCGUCCCAAAGCCCAAAGAUUGGGGUCCUCGUAUAGAUGUGGUGGGAUAUUGCUUCUUGGACCUGGCCAACGAUUACAAGCCCUCGGAAGAUCUUGUAAGAUGGCUUGCACAGGGAAGCAAGCCCGUCUACAUCGGAUUCGGCAGCUUGCCUGUCAAGGAUCCAGUAAAAGUCACGGAAACAAUUAUCAGCGCUCUGGAGAAAAGCCGUCAGAGAGGACUGAUUGACAAAGGAUGGGGUGGCAUUGGUCGAGGCAUGGAAAACGAUCAUCCAGAUUUUGUCCACUUCAUCGAAAACUGUCCUCACGAUUGGCUGUUUCCACAAUGUGCUGCAGUGGUUCAUCACGGUGGAGCUGGAACAACAGCUGCUGGUCUCAAAGCCGCGUGUCCUACGACUGUGGUACCUUUCUUCGGAGACCAGCCCUUUUGGGGUGCUCGCGUACACGAUAGAGGAAUCGGUCCUACUCCGAUUCCCAUUGACAAACUCUCGCUGGACAAUCUUGUGGAAGCCAUCGAGUUUAUGAUGUCCCCCGAGGUGAAGCAACGAGCCGAGGAAGUGGCAAAGUGCAUUCAUGAAGACGAUGGCGUGCGCGACGCGGUCAAGGCCUUUCAUAAACAGCUGCCUAAAGUUAUGCCGCAGCCACCACGGUCGAAAUCGCCAACUUCGCGUCGGGGUAUGUUCAAUCAUAUGUGCUGCUACUCCACUUAGCCAAGAACGCAAAAGGCAAAACGACCGAUCCAUCGUUCAAUCGAUGAGUAAGUUCUGCGUUCCAAAUCUAGUUGCCCUCCUCGCUCACGGGAUCACUUCUAGAGAGAUAAAAGAGCUCGUGAACUUAAGCAAAGUUUUAUUCUUUUCAUCUUCACAGGUUUUUCUUCUUCUUUGGAAAGCUCCCCGCUACUACUUUUCAGCUCGCUUUGCUUACGCUCACGGGACUCGGCCAAGGCAGUGCUUUUGUAAGAUAGCACUGCGAGACUCUUCUCCUUAGAAUGAGAUGAGAAUUUCCCCUUUUUAAUUUUAAGGGCCUUUUUGUAAAGGCGAGUUAUCCUUUAA